GGAGCUCCACGGAGGCGUCGGCGAGAGCUUGCAAAGCCGGUCCGGGCCAGGUGGGGCGAUGGCCGUGCAAGCGGCGGCUCUGCACCCCCACCACCCCUUCGCCCCCUUCGGCUUCCCGGGGGCGGACUUGGCCGAGGUGGGCAGAGGCUACGACGGCGGGGGAGCCCUUUUGCUCUGCGGAGGGCCCGGAGGAGCCGGAUCGGGGCCCGGCGAGGCGGGCGACUCGCGCGAAGCCACCGGCGACCUGCUGCGCUUCAUCGACUCGGCGUCGAGCAACAUCCAGCUGGCCCUGGGCAAGCCGGGCAAGUCCAAGCGCAAAGUGAACCAUCGGAAGUACCUGCAGAAGCAGAUCAAGCGCUGCACCGGCAUGAUCGCCGCCGCCGCCCCGCCGCCGCCGGAAGCGCCGAAUAUGAGCCCGAAUAACAGCAAUACUAAGCGGACUUCUCCGACGGCGGCGGUUUCCACGGUUUCGGCGACGGCUUCUGCUUCUUCGACGUCGCCCCCCAGCGGCGGAGCGGCGCAUUGCAAGCCGCCGCCGGCCAAGCGCGAAGGCGCCACCUUGCAGCGCCGGAGCCUGGCCGCCCUCUUCGACUCGCUGCAGCCGUCGGGUUCCGAGCACGAGCGCCCCCCGGCGGCCGCUGGCGGGGGCAAGGAAGCCGGCCCCUCGGCCGCCAAGAAGAUGCCCCUCCGCAAGCGCAACCUGCCGCCCUCCUUCUUCACCGAGCCGGCCCGCCCGACGGCGCCCGACCCCGGGCUCAAGGAAAGCGCCGGCCCGGAGGAGCUCUUCGACCUCCUGGCCGCCCCCGAGUACGGAGCCCUCCUGGCCGAGCAGCAGCUUUACCCGACGGGCGGCCGCCUGCAGGCGUCGGAUCUGGGCGGGGAGGGGGCGCUGUACGAGCCCCUCUCGCCGCUGUCCCACCUGAUGUACCCCGAGCCCCCCCUGCGACCCCUCCCGGGUCUUUACACGGGCAGGUCGGACCCCGCCGGGCCGGAGGGCAGCCCCGCUCCCCACUUGUCUUCCUUCGCUCCCUUCUUCCCCGACUGUCCCCUGCCUCCACCCCCGACCAUGCCCUAUGACUAUACCCCCGGGUAUGCCCGAGGGGUGCCUUAUUCCAAUCUUUAGGGGAAAGGGACUCUGUUGAGUUUGGGGGAGGGGGUGCUGGUGGAGCCCUCCAGGAAGUGGUGGACUGGGUGGUGUUGGAUCUUAGGAUUCCUGGUGUAGUGGGCACCUAGGAAGCAGUGCGCUGAAGACAGCGGACCCCCCACCCCACCCCACCCCCAAAGCCCUGGCUGUGCUUUUCUUCCUUCUUUGGAUCCCAGGAUUCCACUUGAUGCUUAAGUCGACUUGCGCGUCCGGUUAAGUCGACCGGUUAGGCCGUUAACUGGUCCCAACAGUCGUUUCCCCACAUCCGGCAGAUCUUGAGAACUGGACUUCUGGGGGGGUGUUUGGCCAAGAGAGAAGGAGAGCGAGGAAGACUACGACUCCCAGGAGCCUUUGGGGCCAGCCAUGGCAGUGGGAGGAAUGCCACAAACUGGUGGCAGAUUGUCAUGAUUUCCUGUGGCUCCUUCUCCGCCACGUUCCUGAAUGGCCACAAACAGGUGUUCGGUCGGCUGGUGGCCCCAGUGGCUGUGGGGUUAUCUUUGGGGCAGUUCUGAACAUGGUCAGCGAGGACCCGGAGGGUGAUGCUAAUACUUCUGUUGCAGGGGGAGGUCGAGGGGGGAGGUCAUCACUGUACCCUCCCCUCCAGCACUCAUGAGAUCUGGUCUUCGCAUAAGGAUAUGUGGCAAUUGAUUUGGGGUGGGUUAGGUCGGUCAAACUCACGAUGCAGUCCUACGCAGAGUUAGUCCAGUCUGAGCCCACUGAAAUGGGGACUCUUCAUAAUGGGGACUCUUCAUAAUGACAGCUCGUCUCCAGACUAUACAGAUUGGUUCCCCUGGAGAAAAUGGCUGCUUUAGAGGGUGGGCUUUGGGGGUAUCGUUCCCCACAGAGGUCACUUUCCUGCCCUAGCUCCAUCCCCAAAUCUCCGGGAGUUUCCUAACCUGGAUCUGGUAACCCUAAUCCCCUAUCCCCAAUGGUGGGAUUUGCACCGCUUCGGCAGAACCGGGUUGUUAAAAUGGUGCUCGUAAACAACCAGUUGUUAAACUAUUUGAAUCCCACCACCAGAACCGGUUGUUAAAUUAUUUGAAUCCCAUCACUGCUUAUUCCCUGCCGGGGGCCCUGGGAAAACCCGACACCCCCCCCGCCCCACUGAAACGAAAGGGCUUAGAAUGGAGUCACUUUCCGUAGGAUUAUACUUUGGCAAAGCGCAUCUGGUUUUGUUCCGGACGGAGUGAAAGGAACUCUGGAGUUUCUGUGGAAAGUCAGCAUCUAGAUCAGGGGUAGGGAACCUUUAACAUUCAAAGAGCCAUUUGGACCCGUUUUCCAUGGGAAAAGAAAACACUUGGAGCCGCAAAUAAUUUUUGACAUGUAAAAUAAAGAUAACACU